AUGCCUGUGUCCCGAUUCCAUGGGGCUAUCCUGGGCCGCUCGGAGACCCAGGAGUGUGCUUACUACAACUCGAACUGGGAAAAGGAGCGCACCAACCGCAGCGGCAUUGAGCCCUGCUACGGGGAUAAGGACAAGAGGCAGCACUGCUUCGCCACGUGGAAGAACGUGUCAGGCGCCGUGGAGGUGGUGAAACAAGGCUGCUGGUUGGACGAUGUCAACUGUUACGACAGCAGCGAGUGUGUGGAGAGGAAGGAGAGCCCCGACGUCUUCUUCUGCUGCUGUGAAGGAAACAUGUGUAAUGAGCGCUUCCUCUAUGCCCCCGAUGCCCCCCCUCCACAAAGCGAGUCCCACCGCCAGUCCACGGCCUACACAACUUCCGACCCCUUCUCCCAGAAGCCCCAGCUCUUCAACACAUUGCUGUACUCUCUGGUUCCCAUCAUGGGCCUGGCUGCCGUCGUCCUCUUUUCCUUUUGGAUGUGGAGGCAUCACAAGCUGGCGUACCCCGCUGCCCUUGUACCCACCCACGACCCCGGGCCCUCUCCCCCUUCCCCCACUCUGGGACAGAAGCCACUGCAGCUUAUUGAGGUGAAAGCCAGGGGGCGCUUCGGCUGUGUGUGGAAGGCCCAGCUCCUCAAUGACUAUGUGGCCGUUAAGAUCUUCCCAAUCCAGGACAAGCUGUCAUGGCAGAAUGAGUACGAGAUCUACAAUGUGAGUGGCAUGAAGCACGAGAACAUCCUUCACUUCAUGGGUGUGGAGAAGAGGAACAACAACCUGGACAUGGAGCUGUGGCUCAUCACUGCCUACCAUGACAAGGGCUCGUUGACAGACUACCUGAAGGCCAACGUGGUUUCAUGGAGUGACUUGUGUCACAUCGCUCAGACGAUAGCUCGCGGCCUGGCCCACCUACACGAGGACAUUCCCGGGCACAAAGACGGCCACAAGCCCUCUAUUGCUCACAGGGACAUAAAAAGUAAGAAUAUCCUGUUGAAAAGUAACCUGACGGCCUGUAUCGCUGACUUCGGCCUCGCCAUGAAGUUUGAGGCUGGAAAAUCAGCAGGGGACACACACGGACAGGUAUCUGAAUCUAAGACAUUAUCAGCAUGA